AUGACACUUUUUGCAUCAAUUUCAUCAUUAGGUAAUACUUCAUCAAUUAAAAAAUCAACUGCUGUUACUUCUUACGGUUCCUCAUCAUCAUCACAAAGCUCUAAUAAUGUACAGUGUGGUGGCGGUUGUGGUAAUGGUGGCCUUGUUCCAAAUCUUGUUGGUGGUCUUUUAGUUACUACUGGUGCAUUAGUUGGUACUGUUGUUGGAACUGUUGGUGGUCUUGUCAAUGGUUUAUUAGGUACUGGGGGCUGUGGCUGUAACUAA